AUGAUUAACAAAAUAAAAUCUAAUAAAUUACCUUCCCACAUUUAAUUUGAUACAGUUUCUCCUGCAACAAAGCUUUUAGAAAAAAGGAGAAAAAUGUAUGAAGUGAACGAGGCUUUUGAAUCAUAGAAAGAAGAAUUUAAAAAAAAAGAAGCUAUAUUUAAAAAGUAGGAAGAUUAAAUAAGAGAUAGGGAUUUAGAAGUUUAAGCAAACCUAAUUAACUUUUGCAAAUUAUUAUAAGAAAACGAAGCAAAGAAGAAUAGAGCAGAAAAAAGAUUAUAGGACGAAUUAAAGUCUAAAUAGUUGAAAGAAGAAGAAAUAAAAGAGUAUAAAGCCUAAUGUAAUGAUUUAUAAGAAUUUUAAGAUAUGGUGGAUAAAAAAAUAACAAAAUUAAAAAAAUAUGAAGAAUAUUUAGAUAAUGUAAUAAAAACUGAAGAUUAAUAUUAAGAUGUAAAAGAAAUACUAAUAUUAUAUAAUAAAUUAACUGUUAGUUAUAAUGAGUUGAAUAAAAAACAUAAAGCUAUGGAACAUUAAUAUGAAAUUCUUAAAUAAGAAUCAAAUUAAUUUGAAAAAGAAAGAAAUUAAGAAAUUUUGCAACUUAAUAAUGAUAUAAAGGAAUAAACGAAAAAAUUAGAAGAAAAGGUUAAUGAAAGAAAUUAAAUUUAACAUUUAGUUGAAGAAUAAAAUAAAUACUCUUCAAUUCAAAAUUUAACUUUAGGAAGAAUUUUAAUGGCAAUCGAUAAUUAAUAUGAUAGAAGUAGAGAAGAUAAGAAAAAGCUUAAAAAUGAAUAUUUAGAUUAUUUUUAAGAUAGUAAUGAUAAUAAGGAAAAUAGAAGGUCUGAAAAAGAUAAAAAAAAGAAUAAAAAAGAAAAUAAAAAGGAUUAAGAUGAAUAAUAAGAAAAAGAAUAAGAUGAUUAUAAUUAAAAAACUAAAAUUGCAAUGGCAAAGUUAAAAUACGUUAAUAAUUAAAUUAAAUACUUUAAAUAAAUAUUAGAUAUGAUGAAAAAAGAUAAUGAUAAACCAAAACAAGGCAAAUUAAAUAAUUGA